UCACAAGGAAACCCUAAGGCAAUGGCCAGCUUCCGGGACUUGAGCCGGGCGUCGUGGGGCAGUGAGGCGUGGAAGGCGCUGAUGCGGGUGCGCGAUGCCGCUCCCGUGGUGCAGUGCAUCACCGAUUUCUCGGCGUCCAUGGAGCUCAUGGCUAGCGCUGUCAUGGCGACUGGAGCAAGCCCGGCCAUGGUGCAUGCCGUGGAAGAGAUCCGCGAGUUCACGGCCAGCCGGGCCAAUGCCGUGUGCAUCAACGUGGGAACGCUGUCGCCCGAGUGGCUCUUCUCCAUGAAGGUGGCGGCUGCGCAGGCUGAGGAGCUCCAAAAGAUAUGGGUGCUGGAUCCAGUGGGCGCUGGUGCCACCAAGUUUCGCACCGCCAAGUGCCUGGAGCUGAUCAACCUGCGGCCCACCGUCAUCCGGGGCAACCAGAUGGAGAUCAUGGCCCUCGCCGGGGCCUCGGCGUCGCCCAACAAGGAUGGCUCCAACCCCACCAGCGAUGGCCUCGAGGCUGCCAAGGAGCUGGCGCGCAUUUCUCAAUCCAUCGUCUGCGUGUCAGGAGCCAUGGACCUGGUGACCGACGGCAAGCGCGUGCUGGGCGUGAGCAACGGCGUGCCCAUGAUGCACAAGAUCACAGCAUCCGGGAGUGCCAUGACUGGCCUCAUUGCGGCCUUCGUCUCCGUCCACCCGCCCCCCCGGGCCCUCGAGGCUGCUGCCUUCGCUCUCGCAAUCUUUGGCCUCGCCGGCGAGCUGGGAAUGGAGAAAGCCAGCGGCCCCGCCUCGCUCGCCAUGCAUCUCGUCGAUGCACUUCACCAGCUCGCUUCCGAGGAGUCGCUGGUAACAUCGCGCAUCAAGAUUGGCCAGAUCUAGCUGAUCUCUCCUCUUCUAAAGAAAACCCACAUAUAUAACUUAUAUAAAAUCCACAGUCUCCGGCUCCUUCA